AUGCAUGGGGUUAUUAACAAAAACGUCAGGUCUGCGGCAGACGAGGAUGGCGCCGAUCACAUUGGUCUCGAAACUCCUCGAUCCGGUGUAGCUACACCUCAACCCGAUCUACAGGACAAACGCUUACCAGGAAUCAUGAGCUACUUCGGCCAGGUUCGUAAAUACCCUUCCACGCCUUCGUCAGCUCCCAGUUCGUCACAGAGUGAUACCACUCUAGACCGAAUUUCAGUUGUGCCCACUCCACCAGCCGGCCUGCAGUUGCAGGCACACACCCAAGGCUCUCCUCGCGGCUGUGAGUCCUCGGCUUUGGAUCGUUCGCUUCUUCAACAUGAGCGUCCUAGUUCUAUGCCAAGUACUACUGAGCGGGAUGAGCAUAACCUUUCAGAUCCCUACCCAACCCCACCCACUUCUCAGCCCUCGUCUUCGGGGGGUUCUAUCUCCCAGGACAUGAUUUCUGCAGACUCAGGGGCGCAUGGCAGGGCUACGGUCGAGCAAAAGUCUUUUACACAACAGUCACAAUUCAAGAAACCCACAGCCUCACCAUUUACCACCACCCACUUCCAAACUUCCAAUGACCCAUCACUACCUGAACUUGACUCCUCCAAAAACGCAGCACCUACCAAAGACUCCAUUAUUUCUUCGCAUCCUGAGCCCAGUACAAGUUCAGGCGCCUGCUCAGCUGCUGCCCCCGGCAAGUGGCAUUUUCUUAAUGGACUCAAGGAGCUAACUCGUAUGACGUUCAAGAGCGGCAACUCGACUCCUACGCGAGCAAUGUCGGCUGCUCGACCAUCUGGCUCCGAUAGAGCCCCAUCCUCCGGAAGGACCAGUCAUGACGGUGCUGAAGUCAGCGGUGCCCAGACUCCAAGGAGUUCUGCUGGUGCCCAGGCGCCUGCCGCCAAGGGAAAGCUAACAAUCAAGAUCAAUGAGGCUCGCGGGCUUAGGAAGAGUCGGGACCCUUAUGUUGUUGUGGUUUUCCAGCGUAGUGAGCUCAUUUCCGGGGGUCCCCACCAUAUCGAUGAGGACGAUAACCUCAGUGUUGAGCCACCUCCAGUCGCUGGUGGUAUCCCUAUCCAGCGAUCAGGCAGUGACUCUGGACGACCUUUGGCUAUUCCAAUGAGGAGCAGGCAAAGCAGCAACACCAGCAUUAAUGACUAUGGCUCGUUCCGUAACCGAUCCGGAGGUCAGCUUACAUUCACCAACCCAAAAUGGGAUGCCGAAGCCGAGUUCGACGUUGUGGACUAUGAUAUGCUGGUUGAUGUCUCGGUCUAUGAUCAUGGAGCAACGGGCGAUGAAUUUCUAGGUCAUGUUGAUUUUCAGGCCAGCAAGGAUCCUGGUGCCACCGUCCAGGGUUGGUUCCAGCUGCAGGGCCAUGCUGAUACUAUGGCAGAAAAUGCGCCAACCGGUGAGAUCUUCCUCGAGGCCAUCUACCACAGAGCAGAGAGGAAGCAAUUUGGCCCCACUGAUUUCGAGAUUCUGAAACUCAUCGGCAAGGGCACUUUCGGUCAGGUGUAUCAAGUGCGAAAGAAGGAUACUCAGCGCAUUUACGCCAUGAAGGUUCUGCAGAAGAAGGUUAUUGUGCAAAAGAAGGAAGUUGCCCAUACCGUGGGAGAACGAAAUAUUCUGGUUCGAACCGCCAUGUCCGACUCCCCUUUUAUCGUUGGUCUCAAGUUCUCUUUUCAGACACCAUCAGAACUUUAUCUCGUUACUGAUUACAUGUCUGGAGGUGAGCUGUUUUGGCAUCUACAGAAAGAGGGUCGGUUUGACGAGAAGCGAGCCAAGUUCUACAUCGCCGAACUGAUCUUGGCCAUUCAGCACCUUCAUCAUAACGACAUUGUAUACCGGGAUCUGAAGCCUGAGAAUAUCCUCUUGGAUGCUAACGGACACAUCGCCCUUUGUGACUUUGGUCUUUCCAAGGCCAAUCUCACAAAGAAUGACACUACCAAUACUUUCUGUGGAACAACCGAAUACCUUGCGCCUGAGGUUUUGCUAGACGAAUCUGGCUACACCAAGAUGGUGGACUUCUGGUCGCUUGGAGUUUUGGUCUUUGAGAUGUGCUGCGGCUGGAGCCCAUUCUAUGCCGAAGAUACGCAGCAAAUGUAUAAGAAUAUUGCUUUCGGCAAGGUGAGGUUUCCUCGAGAUACCCUGUCUCAGGAAGGACGGAAUUUCGUCAAGGGACUCCUCAAUAGAAACCCCAAGCACAGACUAGGUGCGACCGACGAUGCCGAGGAGCUGAAGAGACACCCCUUCUUCGCCGAUGUCGAUUGGACUCUUCUCUCCAAGAAGCUUAUCACUCCACCUUUCAAACCCAAAUUGAAGUCUGAGACGGACGUCUCAUACUUCGAUCCGGAAUUCACGACCGCGCUGGAUCAGAAUGGCUCUCUGAACGAACGUGCUGCUGCGUUGGCCCGAGGCUAUGCCGCUUCAACCCCUCUUUCUCCUUCCGUUCAGGCCAACUUUCAAGGCUUCACGUUUGUUGACGAAAGCGCAUUAGAUGAUCAUAUGCGAGACAGAGCAGGACUCGUUGAUGAAGAUAUGGAUGAUGGACAACAUCACAGGAACCGCGAUAAUGACGAUUGGGACAAUAUCGACGACAUUGACCUCAGGAAGGCAAACCGGAUGAGCGGGAUCGUGAAGACUGGACAUGAUGAGCACAUGGUGGGUGGUUCUCACUUUGACGUAUAA